AUGUGCUUCCAAAUUCCUACUCUCAUCUCCUGCAACACCCGUAGACACCGGCAUCAGGGCAGAAACCGCAAUCCUAGCAACCUACUUGGAUCACUCCAGAGAACUCUGCAACUCCAGCUGCCCUGUCAUCUGCUUUUGCCUUCUCCCACUCUCCACGGCCAACCGGCAGGGGUGGUGGAACUGGCCUGCUUCUGUCUCAACAAUCUUCAGGAUCCAAACCAGUCUGGCUUCAAACCUGCACAUUCUACUGAAACUGCCCUCAUUGCAGUUACAGAGAAGCUUCAUGCAGCAAAAGCUACUAACCUGUCAUCUGUUCUGAUUCUGCUUGAUCUCUCUGCUGCUUUCGACAUGGUCAACCACAGCAUUCUCCUUUCCAUCCUCACCAGCCUUGGAAUCACUGGCUCUGCAUGGCAGUGGUUUGCAUCGUACCUGGAGGACCGUUCCUACCAGGUUUCAUCCCGCAUCUCAGCAUGUCUCAAUGAUGUCUCGAUGUGGAUGAGUUCUCAUCACCUAAAACUCAACCCCAGCAAGACUGACCUUCUGUUCAUCCCAGGAACUACAAGCCCUCACAACAAUCUCUCCAUCUCUUUCGAGAACUCACUGGUCACUCCAUCGGCAGAAGCAAGAAGCCUCGGUGUAGUAAUGGAUGACCAGUUAUCGUUCUCGAGCCAUAUUGCAAAUCUGACUCGGACAUGCAGAUUUCUCCUGUACAACAUCCGAAGAAUUCGACCGUUUCUGUCUCAGGAUGCCACUCAGGUGCUUGUGCAGUCUCUUGUCAUCUCAAGACUUGACUACUGCAACUCUCUACUGGCUGGUCUUCCACUGCGAGCCACCAAACCACUACAAUUAAUUCAGAACGCGGCAGCACGACUCGUCUUCAAUCUUCCGAAGUUCUGCCAUGUGACUCCUUUGCUGCGUUCCCUCCACUGGCUUCCUGUUGCCGCCCGCAUCCGAUUCAAAACCCUGACGCUGGCCUACAAGGCAAAAAACGGACCAGCACCUUCAUACCUGAUGGCGAUGGUCAAAGCCAGAUCUGCACCAAGAGCUCUUAGAGCUUCCAGUACGGCUCGGCUCGAACCUCCAUCACUCAAAACACACAGAAAACAGACAUCCAGACUCUUCUCUGCGCUGGCACCAAGGUGGUGGAAUGAACUUCCACUGGAUGUCAGAACAGCAGAGUCACUCACGGUCUUCAAACGUCGACUGAAGACACAUCUUUUCAAAGAGUUCCUAAACUAAUAAUAAAAAAAUUAAAAAAAAAGGUUCCUAGGGUUCUUAACAUGAUUAAGCUCUAUGUAUCUCUUGAUCCUAGUCUAC